CUUAGAAAACGAUGCGAGAAGACUCUAAACAUAUUACGAGUGCUUUCAAACACGUCUUGGGGUGCAGAUCGCAUCGCCCUACUGCGAAUAUAUCAAGCGCUAACAUUAUCUCGUCUUGAUUACGCAUGUGCGGUAUAUGGCACUGCUUCCGCUUCUAACUUAAGACGCUUGGAUACAGUGCAUCAUACUGCCUUGCGCAUAUGUAGCGGCGCCUUCCGCACGUCCCCUGUUAAAAGCCUCUAUGUUAUCUGUGAUCAACUACCUUUAGACCUACGCCGCAUGCAGCUGUCCUUGACGUAUUACUUUCGCAUCAUGUCAUCUGCUACACAUCCUCUACAGCGUGAUUCUACACCAUCAAGUUUGUUGCGGUUUUAUGAAGCUCGUCCUUCUCAUAUUCGCCCUUUUAACGUUCGCAUGCGAUCACUUAUUGAAAAUUUGUCUAUUUGUGAUUUGCCAUCACAAUCAGUUGAGCAUUUGCUUAUUUCACCAUGGACCAUCUCACAAUACCAGUUUGAUUGUCAGUUUGUUGCUUAUAAUAAGGCUCAAGUGUCUCCUAUUAUAUUUCAGCAACUUUUCACUUCCCAUCGUCAUCAGUUUUCUCAAUACGCCCCUGUAUUUACAGAUGGCUCAAAAUCUCCAGGACAUGUCGGUUGUGGCGUCGUCAUUGCUGAUGCCACGUACAAUUUUAAAAUCCCAGAUAUUUGUUCAAUUUUCACUGCCGAAGCUGUAGCUAUUCUUUUAGCUCUGCGAUUGAUCUCAUCACUGCCUACUCGAAAAUAUUGCAUUUAUUCAGAUAGUUUGAGCGUGUUGCGCCAAUUGGGACAUUUCGAAGAAUCGACUCACCCAAUUUUAAAUUUUAUACAUCAUCUGUUAAAUUCUUUUCAUAAAAAUGGGUUUGAUAUUUUAUUUUGUUGGGUCCCAAGUCAUGUCGGAAUUCCGGGCAAUGACUUGGCCGAUGUUGCCGCACGAUCUGCUACAAACCCUUUCUCUCUGUCUAUACCAUACCAAGAUAUAAAAACACACGUACGACAGCUUACAAAGUCUCUAUGGUUGCAGCAGUGGGAUCUCCAAAUUAAUAAUAAAUUGCGCGCUAUAAAAAUUGAUUUAGAUCCAUUGCCUGUGCUACGUAAUCGUAGGGCAGACGUCAAACUUACUCGUCUUCGAAUUGGCCACACUCGAUUGACCCACCUUCACUUGCUGUUUGAUGAACCUUCUCCUAACUGCAAUGCUUGCAACGUUUUACUCACAAUAUAUCACAUUUUAAUUUAUUGCCCAUGUUUUAACUUUCAUCGUCUAACCUUUUUUGGUACUUCUAUUUUAACACUGCAGGAUUUGUUAGGUGACUGCCAUCAUCCUAACAUUUUUGGUCACUUAUACUGUAUAUAA